AGCAGAGCAAUUCCUCCCAUUCAAUGAAUAUGUCUUCUCACACAUCCUCAUCCCACCAAUCCACUCCCUCUCUGAUUCACAACAACCCCUCUCCUUCUCCCCAUCUCCGUCCUCACUCCGCCGCGACAUUGGCGGCGUUUCUCGUGAUUUCUCCAAGAGUCCGCCGCUCCUUUGAUGGCGGACAUCGUCAAGCACAUCCUCGCGAGGCCCAUUCAGUUGGCGGACCAGGUGGUGAAGAAUGCCGACGGCGUCUGCUCCUUCCGGGGCGAGUGCCUCGAGAUUAAGGCCAAGACGGAGAAGCUCCUCGGACUCCUCCGCCAGGCGGCGCGUGCCAGCAGCGAUCUGUACGAGCGCCCCACGCGCCGCAUCAUCGACGACACCGAGCAGGUCCUCGACAAGGCGCUCACGCUCAUCUUCAAGUGCCGCGCCAGCGGUUUGAGUAAGGUGUUCACCAUCAUCCCCGCCGCCGCCUUCCGGAAAACCUCCCAGCAGCUCGAGAAUUCCAUCGGCGACGUCUCCUGGCUCCUCCGCGUCUCCACCCCGGCCGACGACCGCGACGACGAGUACCUCGGUCUCCCCCCGAUCGCCGCCAACGAGCCGAUCCUCUGCCUCAUCUGGGAACAGGUCGCGAUCCUCUGCUCCGGAUCCUUGGAGGAACGCUCCGACGCGGCGGCGUCGCUCGUCUCCCUGGCCCGCGACAACGACCGCUACGGGAAGCUGAUCAUCGAGGAAGGCGGCGUCCCGCCGCUCCUGAAACUGGCCAAGGAAGGACGGUUAGAGGGCCAGGAAAACGCGUGCCGAGCCAUCGGACUCCUGGGCCGCGAUCCGGAGAGCGUCGAACACAUUUGCCACGCCGGUGUCUGCCAGGUGUUUGCGAAAAUUCUCAAAGGAGGACACAUGAAGGUCCAAGUUGUGGUGGCUUGGGCAAUCUCAGAAUUCGCCGCGAUUCAUCCCAAAUCCCAAGACCAUUUCGCCCAAACCAACACAAUCCCUCUCUUGGUUAGCCAUCUUGCUUUCGAGACAAUCCAAGAACACAGCAAGUAUUUGAUCGCCAGCAAGCAGCAGGGGAUGUCCAUCCACACCGUCGUGAUGGCCAAUUCCGGCUCCUCAUCUUCCGCUUCAACCAAUAACCCUUACGAGGACAAGAAGAAAAACUCUCACCAUGGCCAAGUCACUCACCCAAUGGCACACGAGAGAAGCACAGAAAUGCACAAUGUGGUGACCGACACAAUGGCUGCCAAAGCCAAAAACCACAAGGGAGUAAACCAGCGGCCGAAGCAUCCUCAGCCGCAGCAGCAAGUGGCCUUCCCCGGGAACAGCAUCAAGGGGAGGGAAUACGAGUCUCCGGAGACAAAAGCAGAGAUGAAGGCCAUGUCCGCCAGAUCACUCAGGCAUCUCUGCGCUGGAAACGUUAGCAUUUGCAGAAGCAUAACAGAGUCAAAGGCACUCCUCUGUUUCGCUGUUUUGUUAGAAAAGGGGAUGGAGGACGUCAGGUAUCACUCCGCAAUGGCUUUGCUGGAAAUCACGGCGGUGGCAGAGCAGAAUUCGGACUUGCGCCGCUCGGCUUUCAAGCCCACCGCACCCGCCGCCAAGGCGGUGGUGGACCAGUUACUGAGAAUCAUAACCAAAGCCGAUGAUUCCGACCUCUUGAUUCCCAGCAUAGCUUCCAUUGGGAACCUAGCCAGGACAUUUCGAGCAUCUGAGACCCGGACCAUUGCUCCUCUGGUGUCUCUGCUCGACGAACGCGAGCCAGAGAUCAUCAGAGAAGCAACGAUCGCGCUCAACAAGUUCACGUUGACAGAAAACUUCCUCCAUGUCAACCACUGCAAAGCCAUCAUCCAACAAGGGGGAGCCAAGCACUUGGUCCCCCUCAUUUACUUCGGCGAACAGAUGGUCCAAAUCCCCGCCAUAACUCUGCUGUCUUAUAUCGCGAUGAGCGUUCCAGACAGCGAGGAGUUGGCCCAGGAAGACGCGUUCAUAGUUUUCGAGUGGUCGACGAAGCAGGCACACUUGAUGCAGGACCCUAGAGUUGUAGCACUUGUGUCUGAAGGGAGAAAGAGUUUGGAACUUUAUCAGUCUAGAGGAUCAAGAGGGUAUUGAGUCUUAACACACACACACACAUCCAUAUAAUCAUGUCAGAAUACAUUAGAUCACAUUAAAAAUGAAUUUAAAUAUAAUAAAUAUAACUUGAAUUA